CCACACACAAGCAGACAAACAGACAAAAUCGUUUCGUAGACGAAACCGAAAACAGCACACAGAAAAACUGAAAACAGAAACCACACCUCCAUCGACAUCGACAGCGACAUCGAUAGCGACAUCGAUAGCGACAUUGACAGCGACAUCGAGAGCGAUCUAACUAUAUUGCAACAGAAUGCGUACUGCGAAGCAACCAUCAGCGGCCAAGAAGCAGCCGCUGGCGGGAUCUUCGAUCCAGAAACUACAGCCCACAACUCUGGGACGAAAGCCCAUCUCGGCCAGCAGGAUCAAGGUGCAGCAGCAGCAGGAGCAGCCGCUGCAGGCCAGGUUCCGGAAAGUGGGUUCAGAAGGAGGGUCCGGCGAUGGGCCGGGAAAGGGCGAGAAGGACCGCUUGGUGUCGCUGCACUUCCAGGACAUCUCGCUGCUGCACACGGACGUGAAGCUGCUGCAGAACGUACGAGGCGGUGUGAACGAGCGACUCGUCGCCUUCUACUUUGCCUACCUGCAGAGCAGACGCUACAAGGCGCAGGCUGACGUGUACUUCAUGCAGCCGGCGCUGGUGAAGAGCAUUCGCCAGAUGGACCAGCGUGUCCUGAAGCGCCAAAUGCGCGAGAGCGGCCUCCACGAGAAGAAGUUCAUCCUGCUGCCGCUGUGCAGCCAGACGGGGGCCUUCCAUGUGGACCAUGAACACUGGUCCCUGCUGUUCAUCGCCCGGCCAGAGGGAAAGAUUUUCUACUACGAUUCGCUGGACAACAGCCACAAGAACCUGGUGGGGGCCCUGCUCCAUGCCCUGCGCAUACCCCUGGCCCUGUCCGAGUACAGCUUAGUGGUGGGCCGCUGCCUGCAGCAGGCACACGACGAGGAGCACCAGUCCGGCAUCCACCUGAUGUGCAUGGCCGACCAUGUGGCCGACUAUGUACUGCGCUGUGGCUAUGCCUCGAGCAGCCUGCUCAUCGCCCGCGACGAUGUGCAGGGCAUGCGCACAGUCGUCCUUCAGCUCAUACAAUGUCUGGGCGGCAUUCUGCCACCUUCUCCACAACAAUCGGGACGUUACCGAAAGAUGACUUCCCGCUCUUGAUCGCUCUAUUUCUCUCUACAUAUUUUAUUUUUUUGUUCGUCGAGUAAAUUAUUAAAUAACAA